CGAAAGGUAUUGGGGGCCUUCUCCAGGUAAAGCCAGGUGGCUGCUCAGCACCUGGCGCUGAGGGGCCCUGAGGACUGAAUCACCACAGAAGACCUGAGUCGGGUGGUGCUGGGCAUCGUGACUGUGCCGAUUCAUUCACUUCCGUCUCCUCCAUCUCCUCCAAAAGAUAAGCAGGAAGUCCUGAUGACAAGAAAUCCUACAAAGCAAUAUUCUAGGCUAUUUUCUCUGCAUCUCCUCAGGCCACAGGAAAAGCUAUCCUUAUCACCGCGGAGAUUGGAUCUUCCCAGAUUCUGUGAACCAAAGCAACCCUCGCCCUCCAUCCUGACUGUUCCUCUAAGAGAGAUGGCAGCAGCCAGAGCGGGAUCCCUCACUCUGCUCUUGCUCCUGCUGCUGGGGCUGUGGCUGGCUGAGGUCCCAGUCAGCGCCAAGCCCAGCAAGAUGACUGCGGCUCAGUGGUUUGAAACUCAGCACGUGCAGCCCAAACCCCGGGGAUGCAACACCGCGAUGGGCAACGUCAACAAAUACACGAAACACUGCAAAGAUUUCAACACCUUCCUGCAUGAAUCCUUCUCCAGGGUGGCCGCCACCUGUCAGACCCCCGCCACAGCCUGCAAGAAGGGCCGUAAAAACUGCCACCAGAGCCAAAAGCCUGUGUCUCUGAGCACAUGUAAGCUCACCUCGGGGAAGUACCCAAACUGCAAGUACAAAGAGAAGCAACUGGCCGCUUCUUACAUUGUAGCCUGUGACCCUCCCCAGCCAGGGGACUCUGGGAAAUUCAAGCUGGUCCCUGUGCACUUGGACAACGUCGUUUAGGUUUUCAGUCUUUCUCCCUCUUGGGCUGUGCCUUAAUUCCCUC